AUGUUUGUAUACAAGAGAGAUGGCCGUAAAGAGCCGGUUCAAUUCGACAAGAUCACUGCGCGUGUGUCUCGUCUUUGCUACGGACUAGAUCCAAGGCACAUCGAUGCUGUGAAAAUCACACAGCGUAUUAUUUCUGGUGUUUAUGAAGGUGUAACGACUGUUGAAUUAGAUAACUUGGCUGCUGAAACAUGUGCCUACAUGACCACCAUUCACCCAGAUUACGCUACUUUGGCCGCUAGAAUUGCCAUUUCUAACUUGCACAAGCAAACCACGAAGCAGUUUUCGCAAGUGGUCGAAGACUUGUACAGAUGGGUCAACCCAAAGACUGGUAUUCACUCGCCUAUGAUUUCGGAUGAGGUGUAUGACAUCGUCAUGGAGAACAAAGAUACUUUGAACUCUGCGAUUGUCUACGACAGAGAUUUCCAAUUCAACUACUUCGGUUUCAAGACCUUGGAACGUUCUUACUUGCUAAGAAUCAACGGUAAGGUUGCUGAACGUCCUCAACACAUGAUCAUGAGAGUGGCUGUCGGUAUCCACGGUAGAGAUAUUGAAAAGGUUUUGGAAACUUACAACCUAAUGUCUCUAAGAUACUUCACACACGCUUCGCCUACACUUUUCAAUGCUGGUACUCCUCAUCCACAAAUGUCAUCAUGUUUCCUAGUGGCCAUGAAGGAAGAUUCCAUUGAAGGUAUUUACGACACUUUGAAGGAAUGUGCCAUGAUCUCUAAGACCGCUGGUGGUAUUGGUUUGCACAUUCACAACAUUCGUUCUACCGGUUCUUACAUUGCUGGUACUAACGGUACUUCUAACGGUAUUAUUCCAAUGAUUCGUGUUUUCAACAACACUGCCCGUUACGUUGACCAAGGUGGUAACAAGAGACCUGGUGCCUUCGCCUUGUACAUCGAGCCAUGGCACUCAGAUAUCUUCGACUUCGUCGACAUCAGAAAGAACCACGGUAAGGAAGAAAUCCGUGCAAGAGACUUGUUCCCAGCACUAUGGAUCCCAGAUCUUUUCAUGAAGAGAGUCGAGAAGAACGAAGAUUGGACUUUGUUCUCUCCAAACGAAGCACCAGGCUUACCAGAUGUUUACGGUGAUGAAUUUGAAGCAUUGUACGAACGUUACGAGAGAGAAGGCCGUGGUAGAAAGACUGUCAAGGCUCAAAAGUUGUGGUACGCUAUCUUGGAAGCUCAAACCGAAACUGGUACCCCAUUCAUGCUAUACAAGGAUGCUUGUAACAAGAAGAGUAAUCAAAAGAACUUGGGUACUAUCAAGUCUUCGAACUUGUGUUGUGAAAUCGUUGAAUACUCUAACCCAGAAGAAACCGCUGUUUGUAACUUGGCUUCUAUCGCUUUGCCAGCGUUCAUUGAAAUAUCAAACGAUGGUAAGACUCAAACCUACAACUUCAAGAAGUUGCACGAUAUCUCUAAGGUUUUGACUCGCAACUUGAACAGAAUCAUUGACCGUAACUAUUAUCCAGUUGAAACUGCUAGAAGAUCAAACAUGAGACAUAGACCUAUUGCAUUGGGUGUUCAAGGUUUAGCCGACGCUUUCAUGAUGCUACGUUUGCCAUUUGACUCUGAAGAAGCAAAGAGAUUGAACGUCCAAAUCUUUGAAACUAUCUACCAUGGUGCUUGUGAAGCCUCCAUGGAAUUGGCAAAGGAAGAAGGUCCAUAUGAAUCUUUCCCAGGCUCUCCAGCAUCUGAAGGUAAGUUACAAUUCGAUCUAUGGGGUAAGACCCCAACUAACCUAUGGGAAUGGGAUAACUUGAAGGCUGAAAUCAAGCAACACGGUCUAAGAAACUCUUUGUUGCUCGCUCCAAUGCCAACCGCUUCUACAUCCCAAAUCUUGGGUUACAACGAGUGUUUCGAGCCAUACACUUCCAACAUGUACUCUCGUCGUGUGUUAUCUGGUGAAUUCCAAAUCGUCAACCCUUAUUUGCUACGUGAUUUGGUUGAUUUGGGUAUUUGGGAUGAAGCUAUGAAGUCCCAUAUCAUCGCUGAUAAUGGUUCUAUCCAAAACUUGCCAAACAUCCCACAAGAGCUAAAAGAUUUAUACAAGACUGUUUGGGAAAUAUCGCAAAAGCACAUUAUCGAUAUGGCCGCUGACCGUGCUGCUUAUAUCGAUCAAUCCCAAUCGUUGAACAUUCACAUUCGUGCCCCAACUAUGGGUAAGUUGACUUCCAUGCAUUUCUACGGAUGGAAGAAGGGUUUGAAGACUGGUAUGUACUACCUAAGAACUCAAGCUGCAUCUGCCGCUAUCCAGUUCACUAUUGACAAGGCUGUUGCAGAACAAGCUUCUCACAGUGUUGUUGAUCUCUCAAAACUUUCUCGUCCUGUUUAUGUCCCACAAGCAGUUGACAUGAACGACAAUUCGGCUAUUAUCCCCGUUGUCGAUGCAUUCAAGGAGCCUUCCCCAACCCCAUCAACAGAUGACUCUGUCGUCAACAGUGUUGCCUCGUUAAAAAUCGAGGACUCUCAACCAGUCACCCCUAUCACCCCGGUAGAGCAGGCCAAGGAUAUUAAAGAAAAUAAGCAAGAAACUACCGCUACGACUGACACUAGCGAAUUUGACAUCUUCAACUCAAAGGUCAUCGCCUGUGCUAUUGACAACCCAGAAGCUUGUGAAAUGUGUUCCGGAUAG